AUGGCGGGGAUCACGAGCAAGGGGAUCCACAGGAUCGCUGCUCCCGCGAAAUCCGCAGGGGCCUCUGCGCGUGGAAGGACAGCUGCCGGGUCGGGGGUCUCGAGUCUUUGUGAGAAGGAUCGGCUCUGUAAACGCAUUCUUAUCCUUUCCUCCCUUCUCCCCACCUUUCUCUCCCUCGGCCGUCAGCAACGUCCUCUGAAGCAGUCUCUCAGCAGCUCGCUGUGCCGCGAGUCACACUGGAAAUGUCUCGUCCUCACCCUCCUCAUGUUCGGCUGCUUCGGCGUCAUGGCCUGGUGCCGCCUCUCCACGGUCACCCGGCUGAAUUACGACAGCUCCUACCGGGGGGCCUCGAUGGUGUACCAUGAUAGCCCGUGCUCCAAUGGGUACAUCUACAUUCCCCUGGCCUUCUUGGGCAUGCUCUACGUGGUCUACCUGGUGGAAUGCUGGCACCGGUUCGCCAAGGGGCAGAUGCAGUACCGCGUGGACACGGCGAGUGUCUACGACAAGGUCCAGCGCAUGCAGCAGGCCACGCCCUGCAUUUGGUGGAAGGCCGUCAGCUACCACUACAUCCGCCGGACACGGCAAGUCACCCGCUAUCGCAACGGGGACGCCUACACCACUACCCAAGUUUACCACGAGCGGGUCAAUACCCACGUGUCCGAGACGGAAUUCGACUAUUCGGGCCACGGGGUGAAAGACGUUUCCAAGGAGCUGCUAGGCCUCUCGGAUUACCCGGUCACCAAACUCCGCUUCACCAAGUGCUUCAGCUUCGCCACUGGGGAGGCCGAAGCGGCCUAUCUGACUCAGAGGGCCCGGUUCUUCGGGGAGAACGAGGGGUUGGAUGACUACAUGGAGGCCCGCGAGGGGAUGCACCUCAAAAACGUGGACUUCAAGGAGCACAUGCUGGUGUUCCCAGACCCAGGGCGUCCGCCCUGGUACACGCGCCGCUGUGUCUUCUGGGUGGCAUCGUUUCUCCUGCUCUCCUGGCCACUGCGGGUCCUGUCCGAAUACCGUACGGCCAACGUCCACUACCACGUGGAGAAACUCUUUGGGGCAGACGAUGGGCCCAGCCCCCUGGAUGCCGCGGGGGGCUACGGGCGGCGAAUCUCGCGCGUCAACACCGUGGACAUGACCGAGCUGGAAUGGCACAUCCGCUCCAACCAGCAGCUGGUGCCCAGCUACUCCGAGGCAGUGUUAAUGGACUCCACCACGGUGGCGGGCGCGGCAUACCUCCGCAGCUGCCAGCGCUGUCGCCGGACUGUCAGUAGCAACUCCCUGCCCUCCCGGGGCACCCGGGCUCUCUAUGCCCGCCUCCCGUUCAGCUGCAGCCGCUUCUCCCUGAGUGGUGCACGGCGGUGUGGGGGGGUCCUCCGCAGCCUGAGCGGAAGCCAUGUGGGGAGCAGUAUCGAGACGGAGCCCCUGGAGAGUCCCCCGUGCUACCAGGAUGCCUUGUACUUUCCCGUGCUGAUUGUCCAUGGAGGGGAGGGCUGUGAGCGCAAUGGGCACAGGCCGGGGCUCGCGGGAAGGGGGUUAGGAACCCCACUGUGA